GGUUGCUCCCAGCCCUGUCCAGCCUGGCCUUGGACACUGCCAGGGAUGGGGCAUCCACGGCUGCUCUGGGCAGCCUGUGCCAGCGCCUCACCACCCUCACAGUAAAGAACUUCUUCCUAGCAUCUAAUCUAAAUGUACCCUCUUUCAGUUUGAAACUGUUACCUCUUGUAUCCUAUCACCUUUCCUACAGUGAACUGUCAGAAGAAUUCCUAGACUUCCCCCAGAAGACCCCAAAAAACAAAACCAGAAUUACAGCACUCAUUUUUGCCAUUAGGCCUCAAACCCCUCUGCAUUACCAGUUUUGCUGCCUUUACUGAUUAUGUUACUAUUUGAAGCUUACCUUUGGUGCUUGCUGCUUGUGUCAAGUUUUUUUAAUCUCUAGAAACAUACGUCAGUUUACAGAACAAAAGCAUGAUAAGCUUCUACCAUACCAGUGAAUAUUUUUUUUCCCAUUUGUGAUCCUUCAUUGUGAAAUUAUACAGGUGCAGAUUAAGGCUCGGUGCCACGUGGCUGUUUGGCUGAGCCUGGCCUCUAGAGACCUCCAGGCCAAGUGACAUGGUCAGUUCAGUUUCAGUUUCGAACGGGCAGAGGCAGGAGGAACUCUCUCUCCCUUUCUUUGCAGGCAAAUCUUCAAAUAGUCCUGCAGGAUUACUACCAGUUUAAACCAUUGUGGAGUUAUCUACAAUCAACAGUGAGCUUGGAGCCUGUUACAGUUACUUUGUGCCGUAUGCACGUGGACCUCACCCUUGUGCUGAAGAAGACAGGUACUGAUAUAUUCCAUAUUGCCAAGCCUUCCAGCAGCAAAUGAAGAAUAUGACUUUGUUCUUCAUUUCCAUUAUAUAUUUGCUUUUGAAAGCCACUGGCACCAAAGAGGUUAUAUUUGGUCACAAUAAUUUCACAGAAUAUCAAGUGGGUAACAUGAACCUGAUUCUCUCUGUCCCACAUGGUGGGUCAAUGGAACCCAAAGACAUCCCUGAUCGAGAAGCUGCCUGUUUGGAUGCAAACACAUCCUCUUGUAUCUUCUCUCAUAAGUGUCCGCCUGGAAGUAAUCAAAAUUAUAAGAAAUGCAAAGUGUCUACCAACCAAGACAGGUAUACUAUAGAAGUGGCUCAGGCUCUUGCUGAAGAAAUUAAUGAAAUUACUGAUGGCUUCUUCCCACAUAUUGUUAUAAACCACCUACAGAGGUUCAAGAUGGAUGCUAACAGGGAAAAGGAAGAAGCCUCCUUUGGAAUUCCCCAAGCAGAACAGUCCUGGGAAGAGUAUAUGGGAUUUUUGACCACUGCAAAAUCACAGAUGACAGGGGGCCUGAUUCUGGAUAUCCAUGGACAAGCACAUCCUGAACGGUGGAUAGAACUAGGUUACACACUUCCAAAAACUUCCCUUAACUCAGGUGUCUUUUCUGCAUCAAGUUCCUCAAUUAGCUAUCUAGCCAGUCAGCUAGUCAAUGUGUCUUCUGAGAAUUUAGUUGCAGGGAACAGAAGUUUGGGUAAAUAUAUUGAAGAACAAAAUAACAGUUAUGUUUGCGUGCCUUCUCCGUCCAAUCCUAGCCCAAAUAACGGGAGCUAUUAUAGUGGUGGAUAUAUAACAAAGACUUUUGGUUCCCGUAGUUCUGGUACUGUUGAUGCCAUUCAGCUUGAACUACCCCAGUGGGUGAGGGCAGCUGAAGAACGUCACAGAUUUUGUAAAGCACUGGCAAGGGCUGUAAUGAAAUUCUGGCAAACUAACUACUGCAGCCAGUACAACCAUGAAUUUCUGCCGUGCUGAAAGAGGCUGUUUGGUUAAGAUACCUUUCCGUAAUACAGCUAUGAUCUGGAACAACUGAUACACCUGGAACAUGUAAGCCUGCAAUAUAACUGUGGAUGCUGGUGGAAAGACACUAACCUGCAAAGAAAUACAGAGCCAUCGACAUAGAGAAAAUCCACAGCUAAUACCAACAAAUCAUUUAACACACAGCGUUGUGCUCAAUACAGCAUCGAAAAGACUGCUUGAAGAUGGGUGGAUGUAUUUGGAAGUAUCACUUGCCUGGUAUGCUUCUCUGUGCUCAAUUUCUUUCCGGUAGCAUCCUUUUUUCUUUAGCACACAAUAAACAAGUAUUCUUCUAAUUAA